AUGGAGUAUUUCCGUGGAACAAGCCUCGAUAUAGCAUGGAACCGCGGCCACCUAUCGCAAGACCAGAAGAAGUACAUUAUCAACCAGGUUGCAGGCUAUAUUAGCCAGCUUCGGAGACUAGAACCUCCACAAGAAGGAAUAGUUGCAUCAACAACUUUUGACAAGGCCUUCGACCACCGACUCGGAUGUUGGAGUUUCGGGCCGUUUAAGAGCCAUGAAGGAUUCCAUGCAUACAUCCGAGCGGACGUUCCCCCAGAAACAUUCGGCCCAAAGGUCACCGAAUGCCACUCCCGCCGUUAUCGAACUUGCUUUACCCACGCAGAUCUCGCCCCUCGGAAUAUCAUGGUGGAUAAUGGGAAAGUCUCUGCCAUCGUUGAUUGGCAAUUUGGCGGCUGGUACCCGGAAUAUUGGGAGUAUACCAAGGCACACUACGGUCCGAUAGAUCAGCCAGAAUGGUAUAAUGGAUUGGCAAACGCUUUAGAAAAGAGAUAUGAUGACGAGCUUGAAGCUGAACGAAUUCUUUGGAGGAAAUUGGAUGACCCACAAACUUUCUGGCGAGGAAGGGAGCAUCUCAUUCCGGGCCUUGCGUGA